CACGGUUCGAGUCGACCUGCACUGUGCACUCGUUCACCAGUCGUUCACUCCGCGAAAUCCAUACAUACCUCUUCUUCCCGCAACUUGCAGACGGUCACCAUGAGCGUGCGACCAUCUAAUCGUACAAUCCCCUACAUCUGGCGCCACGAGGGCGAAGCGGAGAUCAUCAAAGAGUAUCUCGCCGCUUGCCAGGGGGACCGCGAGCGAGGCGUAGGUGACGAAUACGAGGCAGAGCUGAGCGACACCGAGACGAUCUGCUCCAAUGCCACGUCAGCGCGUGGAUCGGACGAGGCAUCAUCAUACGAAGAUGAGGAUGAAGCCGAAGAGGACGCGGACAGUAACGCGGAGGGAGAGGAGAAUAGCGUCUGGAGUAACGAAGAGGAAAGGGACGACGAGGACUAUACCCCUGAAUUCGCUCAUGACUACGGCACGGACGAGGACCCGAGGUUCGACCCUACGAACCCAGGGUACUUCAAGCGACGCUUCUGCGGCUCCUUCGACCUUUACGCAACGAACUGUCUAGGAGCUGAGCGCGAGUUCCUCACGUCCUUCGAGGACGCGGCAUGGUACGAUCCGACGAAGACGAAGCCGGUCACCGACGAAGAAGAGGUCCGCGAGACGCAGCGGGCGUGGGAUGCCAUUGCGCUCGGGCGUCCGCCCUUCGACAAGAGGGAGGCACUCGUACAGUGGCAUGAGAGCCUCAUGCUCGCGCUGAACGAGGUGGACGAUGAGCUCGGGGAGAAGCGGGGCAUUCCGAGCAAGGCGGUCAAGAGGCGAGAGCCCGCCGUGGUCCUCGAGGAAGAUUGGAAUAUUGAGAGGGUCGUUGACGAGCUGCGGAUGCGCUCGACGAUUGAAGUGGCACACGCCCCCAUCGACAACCUCCGCCGGGGAUUGGUCUAUCUCGCGCGCUCAUUGUAUCUCAAGGAGAACUUCAUGCAGCGUGGAAGCACUGCGUACCCGCCCACGUUCAAGCCCCCGCCAGUUAGCCAACCUGCGGAGGGCAGCGCUGCAGACGAAGAAGAAUCAGAGUACAUCUUCGUGUAAUGACGUUGAAUGAUACAUGCAUCUCAUCUUCCAUGUUACCGGCUUUGCGACGUCUCUCAUAUUCCUCAACACCUGCAUAAUGAUGUCCCCGCUCUCGGUUUGCUCUCUGUUUUGUAUCUGCUCGCUGCCACCUUUCCACGCUCCCUCCCUCAUUCUUCGUCGUCGGUACGCUCUCGUGCCCGAUGUAGUCAGCGUGAGAAGUGCAACAACGUGCCAUGUAACAUCAGUACGUACUGCACCUAGCCUGUCGUACCCAAGCACUGUACCAUACCACAUGCGUAUCAUCUCAACUGGCUCAGCGCAUAUAUCUACACGGAGCUCGCU